AUGGGAUUCGCUCCUGCACCGGUGGUUGUGGCACCUCCACCCACUGUUGGUGACGUCAUUGUGGGCAGCGUUGUUGGUGGAGCCAUCAACAAUGCCAUGUAUGGAGGCCAGAACCGUGGCCCAACAAACACCGAUCGCAUGCUGGAGAACCAGCAGCGCCAGGAUGAACGCCAGAUCGACAACCAGCAGAGGGAGAUCGAACAGCUCAAGUCUGAGCUGAACGCACUGAAGACGCAGAAGCAGUGA